ACAUCGAUUUAAUGCUUGGUGUGACCAGAGAUGAGGGAUCAUUAUUAACCGAGAUGUUUAUGGAACACAUCCAUAACAUAACAGUCGAUGGAUUUAAACAAUUGGUCAACAAAUCUGAAAAACUCGGCGCUCGUGGUGUAGACGUCGACAAAGUGACCGACUUUUAUCUUAAAGGUGUCAACACUACCGACGAAACAGCACUUCAGUGGGCUUUCUAUCGCUAUGCGGGAGAUGUUGUCAUCAAUUGUCCGACAUAUCUAUUCGGCCAACAAUUUGCCCAAAAUGUUGCCCAAAAUGACCGAAAUGUAUAUUUCUAUGAAUUCACUUAUGCCAAUCCAGAAAUGAGCAUGGUCAUUGGCUGUGAUCAGGAAACUAUGGGUAUUUGUCACGCCAUUGACAUCUUCUAUGUCUUCGGUUUACCAUAUCUUAUGCCCGACUUUUUUACGGCCGAAGACUUUGUGUUCAGCCGUUAUGUUAUGAAAUUGUGGACUGAUUUCGCGAAAUACGGCAAACCGGACAACAAUUGGCCCAAGUUUUUGACAAACAAUACAAUUAAUAUCAAAGACUUGAAUCCAUUUAAUACGAGCCGAUACAAGUUAUCCGAUAUAAUGGAGUUAUUACAAGUAACCUUUAAAAUCCAA